AUGGAUGGGGAUAUACCUAAUAUAAAGAAGUGGAUUGUGUUCUACCCAAUUUACAUAAAUUCAAAGAAAACGAUUGCUGAGGGUCGGCGGAUUAACGCUAGCAAAGCGUGUGAAAACCCUACUUGUGUUGAGAUUGGUGAUUGUUGUAGCUACCUCAAACUCCCUUUUGCUAUCGAGAUUGAUAAGGCGUAUCCGCGUGAUUUUAUGCAAAGAGGGAGGGUGAGGGUUUUGCUGAAAAAGGAAGAUGGGACUCUGUGCCAUCCGGCUAUAUCUUCUAGGAAACAGCUGAUGCUCCAUGUUGCUGAGUUGGUUCCGAGACACCCUGGGAGGACUAAGAAACAGGAACCCACAUCCACCUCGACUGCUGCACCUUCCAAGUCUGGGAAGGGCGUCGAGCAAUACAAGAUCUUUGAGUUGCUAAAUGGUGGUUAUAGACUUGCAUUAGAUGAAAAAUGA